GCAUUCGGAAAGAACCCUGUUAUGUUCAGUUAUGAUAUAAAUAUAAAAGAGAGAAUAAUUUUAUAUAAAUGGGUGCAGCUAUACACCUUGAUCUCGUCUUAGAGUUUAUAUAUGAAUUACCCUAGUCUUGAGGUUAACAAUUUUGUGUUCUUUCUCUUCUCUCUUUUGGAGGCUGAACUCAUAGUGUAACUAUGUCAUCAGAUCUCCAUUGACUCUGUAACUACCUUCCCAUGAAUUUCUCCUAUUCUCUGUUUUUGUUGGCAGCAUAGGAAAGGAGAAGAAGAAGCGGAGUUCCCAAAGCCAACAAUCAGAAUCAGAAUCACCAUUUUUUUUUCACAAAAUCGUUUUUUGUUUAAUUAGCUUAAAUUAUUCAAAAACCUAUCAGCAAUUACUGAGUAGUUACGAGCUUAAUCUGUCGCCAGUUAUGUUGCAAAGGUUCAUGAUUCAUCUUGUUAAUGCAAAUUCCGAAGAUUGAUCAAAUUUUUCCCUUUAUCGAAAAAUUGAGCUCCGUCAACUGUUCUGAGAUAGGCCCACUUGCCAAUUUCCAAUUUUUUUUAAUUUAAAAAAAAAAAAAUCAGUUUUUUAGGUGAAUUGUGAAAAUGGAGGUUGGUGAAAUGGGUAGAAAGGAACCAGAAUCAGAGAUUCCAUGGAUUCCUACAACCCCUGCUAAGCCAAUUCUACCAAAAUCUGUUCCGAUCUGCACUCCAGUGGAGGGAAACAACCAAACCCAUCAUCAUGGCAAUGGAGCAGUUGCAUGUUCUGAAUUCUCAAAUGGGUCAGAGAAAAACAGAGAACCUUGUCAUGGAUCAGUAUCUGUGGCUACAGUUGCAGACAUUGCAGGUGAUAAUGGCAAAAUAUGUGAAAAGAUUGAUUCUGGUAAUAAUGUUUCAUGUUGGAGUGAGCUAGGUAGUUCUGCCGAAUUCAUGUUUCCGACAGAAGUAGCUUCGUCGAAUUCAAAUUCUUAUGUAGCGCAGCUCGGAAACAAUAAUGGAUUGAAUGAUCUAUUUGGUCCUUCAGUUGUCCUUAAUAAUUCAAGGGUUCCUCAAGAAACAUCCGACAAUGCUUGCUGUAGCAAGAGAACUUCCCCGGGUGACCCUGCCGAGAUGCUUGAUAAGGAUGGACCCUCACUGAACAAUGAGGUAUGCGAACUUGUUGUGGAACUUAAUGGCGCUUCUUCACCGUUGAAGGAGAAUCACAACCCAGCUGAAGGGAGCAGCCUCUGUACGGGUCUGAAUAAAACACCAGAAAAAAAGCCGAGGAGAAAAAAGCACCGGCCCAAGGUCAUUAGAGAAGGCAAACCCAAAAGAACUCCGAAACCAGCUACCCCAAAGCCUGCGCAAUCAAAAGGAAACAUAACUGGCAAAAGGAAGUAUGUGAGGAGAAAGGAAUUGAACAAAACUCCUACUCCUGCAACAGAAGUGACCGGAGAAGUCGCAGAAAAAGUACCUGAAGCUGCCGAAAUGUCAUGUAAAAGGUCCUUAAAUUUUGAAAUAGGUACAGAAGAUGAGAGUUCUGCAGGCAGAGGAAAUACAACUUCACUUCUAAACAAAGAAAAUGGUGUAGCCGUACAAGAAACAAAUAUUGACCUUGUUUGUGAUUUAAACACUUCGGUUAAGCAUGCAUCAAACAGUUUCAUGCCAUUACCAAAAGGUACACAAGUCCUAGAUACAUCUUCACAAAGCACCCACCCUGAGGCAAAGCCAAAAGAAAACCCAACUGGCAAGAAGCGUGUGAGAAGGAAAUUGAACAAGUCUCCUGAUCCUCCAACAGAAGUGACAGGUGAACUGACUACAGAAAAGAUGUUUGAAUUGGCCCAACCACCCUGUAUAAUUUCCACAAAUUUCAACAAAGGAGGAAUGGAAGAGAGUUCUGCUGUCAAAGAGAAUGUAGUCGUAGAGGGAACAUAUCCAGAUCUUGCUUAUGUGAGAAGGCCGGGAUUAAAUAAGUCUUCUACUCCUACUGAAGUAUCCGGAGACUUGGCUGGAAAAACGAUGUCAGAAUCUGCAAAAAAUUCUUGUAGAAAGUCCUUAAAGUUUGAUGGAGGAGAAAGAGCUGAAAGUUCUGCCAGCGGAGAAAAUGCAAUUGUACAUCCGUGUAUAGAAACUGGUACAGAACUACAGGAAAUUGAGGUAGGCAUUGCCUAUGAUGUGAAGGCUCUCAUGAAGCAGGCAGCAGAAAAUAAUUACCCAUCAAUUUGUAAUAAUGAACAUACCCUAACUGUGCAUCCGUGCAAAGAAACUGGUGCAGAAUUGCAGAAUAUUGAUGUAGUCCUUGCCGAUGAUAUAGAGCAUUUCGUGAAGCAGGCAGCAGAAAGCAAUUACAUGUCAUCUUUUAAUAAUGAACAAACCCUAAGUACGUCCCCUUCAAAAACUAAUUCUCCCGAGGAAAAGCCAAGAGGAAACCUGACAGAAAAUACGUAUCAGAGAAGAAAACGGUUGAACAAGUCUCCUACUUGCCAAACAGAAAUGACAGGAGGACUGACUGGGGUGUUGAUGCCAGAAUCUAAAGAAACAACAAUGAGUAGGUUCUCAGAUUUUGAUAUGGCUAUGAAAGAUGAAAGUUCUGCUCAAAGACAAAUUGUAAAUGUGCAAAUGGACGAUGUGGUAAAGGAAACACCCGCAGGCCUUGCUUAUGAAGAGACUUGGAUGAAGCAGGCAUUGCAUAGUUACAUACCUGAAGGUGAAGGGAAGUGUGUGAGAAAGAAGAGAUCGGGCAGGAAGCUUACUCCAAAAAAUAAGGCAGGUGAAUUGACUAAACCAAUUAUGUCUGAACCUACCAUAAUAUCGUGUAGAAUGUCCAUAAAUUUUGACACAGGAGGAAGAGAUGAAAGCAGUAUGUGCAAUGAAAGCCUCACCAAUGAUCAAAACACCUUGGCAAAAGAGAUAGUACAUAAUUACACAUCGUUAUCUGAAAACACACAAGCUCCAAGUAUAUGUCUUCCAAAAAGCAAAUUUCUUGAGGUGAAGCAGAAUGCCAGGAACAAAAAUAAAAGAAAGAGUCUUGCAGAGGCAGAGGAUGGAAACAACGGUAAUGCUCAGGCUUCAACAGUAAAGUUAAAAAUGGUUGGUUGCGAGAGAGAGCAAUCUGAAACCACUGAAAGAGCAGAUAAUGGUCAAGCUUCAGCAGUAAACUUACAAAUGGAAAUGGUUGGUUGCGAGGGAGAGCAUUCUGGAACCAAUGGACAUGCAGAUAAUAGCAGUAUGAAUCUGAUUGGGGCACAAUAUAAUGGAUUGCACUCAUACCAGUCAAAUACAUGUCUUCCAAAAUGCAAUCCUCCUGGAAGGAAGCGGAAUGCCAGGAACAAAAACAAAAGAAAGGGUCUUGCAGAGGUUGAUGAUGGAAACAUCAGCAAUGGCCGGGCUUCAACUGUAAAUUUACAAAUGGUUGGUUGCGAGAGAGAGCAUUCUGGAACCACUGAACGUGCAGAUAACAGCAGCGUGAAUCUGAUUGGGGCACACUCUAAUGAAUUGCACGCAUACCAGUCAAAGUUUUCACUUCAGUUUCCAAAUAUCCAGAAGAAAAGGAGAACUGGAAAGGGAAAAACUCCUAACACUCAUAUUACAUCUUCUGUGAUUGCCAAAGAGGGAGUACCACUAAUAUACGCUCAUGAAGAUGCUCAAGUGCAUCCUUAUGCAUCAAACCACAGCUCCUGGAUGUAUGGUUUGGGAUAUAAUGCAGUUGUACGCCGAAUCAUAAAUGAAUCUAGAGAAAAUUAUAUUCAUAAUACUCAAACAUUUGAUGAGUUCAGAAUAUCUUUAAGAAGGAUGGCAGAAAUAUCUCAAUUACCAAAUCAAACUUGUGAUUAUAAUUCUCUAAUGAGAAUUAGAAACUGUAUUGAACCAAAUUACAAUGCAAAACAACUGGACUAUUCAGACCGGCAAACAAUACGAGAAGCAGAAAGACCACAAGACAUGCCUGUGUCAUGUGCAAAAAAGAAGCGAAAUAGAAAGAGAAGUGUUCUUUCCAGUUCAACACAUCCUAACAAAGAUGAGAUGCAACAGUGCCAUAAUUCUGCAUUGGGAAAUCACCACCUGACACUGGUGAAACCAGGUACUGCUCGCCGAGUAAUGCGGAAAAUAAUGCAUAAUGUUGAAGCAUUAACAGAGCAAUUUAGACGGCUAAACAUAAACACGGGAGGGAAAGAACUUGCCUUAUAUGGGCAGACUGCACUUGUUCCCUUUCAGGGCUCAUUUGAACCCAUCAAAAAACAGCGCCCACGACCUAAAGUUGAUCUUGAUGAGGAGACUGAUAGAGUAUGGAAGCUUUUGCUGUUAGAUAUAAACCAUGAUGGGGUUGAUGGAACAGAUGAAGAAAAGGCCAAAUGGUGGGAAGGAGAACGUAAUGUGUUCCGUGGACGAGCAGAAUCAUUUAUUGCACGGAUGCAUCUUGUACAAGGAGACAGGCGAUUUUCUCGAUGGAAAGGAUCGGUUGUGGAUUCAGUAGUGGGAGUUUUUCUCACUCAAAAUGUCACAGACCAUCUUUCCAGUUCUGCGUUCAUGUCACUUGCUGCUCGAUUUCCCAAAAAGUCAGGCAGCAUGUGCGGAGAAGGCACGAGCCAGGCAGUCAAUAAACAACAAGUGUGUGUGGUGGAACCAGAAGAGAACACCGAAUGUGAUGUAAACUUAUUGAAUCAAUCUGUUUGCAACCAAAGCUCUAUGACAGUAGAUAUAGUUGAGCAUUCUGGAGAAAAAACUGUCAACUGCAAUGAUUCCUGCAGAAUUACAAGUAGCCCAAUUAGCUUAACAGAUGAAUCGAACUGCAAACGAACAGAAUCACCUCAGAGAAAUAUUACAGAAUGCCACAGCCCAAUGGUGGUGAUUGAGGACAGGGAAGAAAAAUCAUGUCAUGAUGGUACAGGGAAAGAGUUAAAUGACAUUGUUUCAUCUCAAUCCUCUGUCAUUUCAUCUCAAAUAUCUGGAGAUUUUUCAAAUUAUCAAAAUCCUGAGAAGAUAGGAUCAUGCUCAGAUAGCAACUCAGAAGUUGAAGAUCUGUCAAGCACAGCAAAAUACAACACUUGUGGUUCCUUCUCUAAGCUUCUUGAAAUGGUAAGUUCAACCAAGUUUUCUGAAGUUAACAGUCAAAGAAGCAAAUCAAUUGAGAACAUGAGAGAUGACAAUGCAACAGAAAGCUGGAAAAAAUCAAAUGUCACUCAAAACUCUUUAAGAGAAUCCAUCAUUCCGUCCCAUGAACAUAAUUUGAAACUCACACUCAACUUAGGAGCUCAUCAAGUUAACUGCUCUGAUCCUCUCAACACAGAAGCUUUGUCAAGUGGCAUCUUAAAGAAUAAAGAUGAAAAUGAGAUGAAUACACUUAGUUUUCAAACAGACGAAUCUGCAGGCUCUGUUGCAGUCACUCAUUCACAUAAUGCAUCUCAAGUCCAUCCUCGGGAACAGAGUAAUCACAUGCAGCAAAGCCUUUUUGACAUUGCUGGACAAACUCUUGAUCUGAUUCAGAAAGAGAGGGAUUUAAAUUUUGGUAAUCACAAAGAUGUUGUGAGGAGUGAAACCAAUGAGAUAACUUCUGACCCAAUAAAGUUAAAGACCAAAAAUCAACUAAAGGAGGAAAAGGAACAAUUUGACUGGGAUAGUUUACGAAGAAAAGCACAAGCUAAGGCUGGGAAAAGAGAAAAGACAGAAGACACCAUGGAUUCCUUAGACUGGGAUGCCGUGAGAUGUGCAGAUGUUGGUGACAUUGCUAAUACAAUCAAAGAACGAGGCAUGAACAACAGGCUUGCCGAGCGUAUUCAGAAAUUCCUGAAGAGACUGGUUGAUGAUCAUGGAAGCGUUGACCUCGAGUGGCUGAGAGACGUUCCACCUGACCAAGCAAAAGAGUAUUUGCUAAGCGUGAGAGGACUGGGAUUAAAAAGUGUGGAGUGUGUGCGCCUGUUAACGCUGCACCAUCUUGCCUUCCCGGUAGAUACAAAUGUUGGACGUAUAGCAGUACGCUUGGGAUGGGUACCUCUCCAACCACUGCCCGAGUCACUACAGUUGCAUCUCCUUGAAAUGUACCCGGUGUUGGAGUCCAUACAAAAGUAUCUCUGGCCUCGAUUGUGCAAGCUAGAUCAAAAAACAUUGUAUGAGCUACAUUACCAGAUGAUUACAUUUGGAAAGGUCUUCUGUACAAAAAGCAAACCAAAUUGCAAUGCAUGCCCAAUGAGAGCAGAAUGCCGACACUUUGCUAGUGCAUUUGCAAGUGCAAGGCUUGCCCUGCCUGGACCAGAGCAGAAGAGUAUAGUAAUUGCAGCUGGAAAUAGUGCGCCAGAUGAAAACCCACCUGUAGUCAUGAGUCAGUUGCAGUUGCCUCUUGCUGUGAAUACAAACCAAGUGGAAGAAAUUCCCGAAACAGAAGUUAGCGGACAACUGGCAAGAUCUGAAGUAAAUAUCUGCCAACCUAUCAUUGAAGAGCCGACAACUCCAGAGCCAGAAUGUUCGGAACAAAUACUAAGUGAUAUCGAAGAUGCCUUCUACGAAGACCCAUGUGAAAUUCCUACCAUUAAACUUAACAUAGAGGAGUUCACUAUGAAUUUACAAAACUAUAUGCAACAAAACAUGGAACUUCAAGAAGGUGAAAUGUCUAAGGCUCUGGUUGCUUUGAAUCCAGAGGCUGCCUCCAUUCCUGUGCCCAAGCUAAAGAAUGUUAGCCGAUUGCGAACAGAGCAUUGUGUUUAUGAACUCCCGGAUACGCAUCCUCUUCUGGAAGGGUGGGACAAGCGAGAACCUGAUGAUCCUGGCAAAUAUCUUCUUGCUAUAUGGACUCCAGGAGAGACAGCAGAUUCAACACAGGCACCUGAAUGCAAAUGCAGAUCUCGCGAAGAAUUAGGACAACUCUGCAAUGAGAAGGAGUGUUUCUCAUGCAACAGUUUCCGUGAAGCAAAUUCACAGAUAGUUAGAGGGACACUCCUGAUACCGUGUCGAACAGCUACGCGUGGGAGCUUUCCAUUAAAUGGCACUUAUUUCCAAGUCAACGAGGUAUUUGCUGAUCAUGAGUCGAGCCUUAAUCCUGUUAGUGUUCCCCGAAGUUGGAUCUGGAACCUCAAUAGGAGAACAGUCUAUUUUGGAACCUCCACAACAUCAAUAUUUAAAGGUUUAUCAACACAAGAAAUUCAACAAGCCUUUUGGAGAGGGUAUAUCUGUGUGCGAGGGUUUGAAAGGAAAUUGCGAACACCGCGUCCUCUGAUGGCUAGACUACACUUCCCAGCUAGCAAAUUGGCCAAAGCCAAAGAGAAGACAAAAAAAGAGUCAACUCCAGCAAAGGAAUCACAAGUACCAAAACCGGCGAAGAAAUCACAAGAACCGAAACCGAAUCCUGAACAGCCUGAACAGCCUGAACUGAUUACAAACGGUCACAGCCUUCAGGAGAAAGGAACAGCCUGAAGUCUACAAUAGUCUGUAGUAUCGUGUUGCCUAGUAACUUGUGUGUAAAAUGAUAAUGACAAAGUCAUUAUUUAGUCUUAAGCUGCGUGUUUUUAUCAUCAUUAUAUGGACAAUUCGUUUUUCUUUCUGUCAAGGUUAUUAGGUUAUUUAUAAUGUAUCAUCAGUAGCACCAUAAGUCCAUGUAGCACCAACACUUCUCAUUAAAGUUGUGUUUGGUGUCCUAUAUAUAAUGGUUUUUCUAUAUUUAACUAUUCUAUUGCUUCAA